CGCUCCGCUUCCAAGCCCGAGUUGACUCCCGGCCGACUCGCCGUUUGUCCUCCCCUCACUCCCUCCUCACCUCCCCCCCACCUCGCCCCAACUCGUUCACUGACUCGGUCCAACGACCUCGCCGCAAACCCGCCGUCGCGGCACCGCAUGAGUUCCCGACUCCACGGUUGCCGCCGCCGCCGUCUCCGUCGCUCGCCGGCCCCGAUUUAAAUCUCGCGCCGGGCCGAGUUUCGAUAAUCUGCUGACAAUCCCGAAAUCGUUUCCACUUCAGGGCGGUGCCUGGCUCAGAUCAUGGGCGUCGAUUACUACAACGUGCUCAAAGUGAACCGGGGCGCGACCGACGAGGAUCUCCGGAAGGCGUACAAGCGGCUGGCCAUGAAGUGGCACCCCGACAAGAACCCGAUCAACCACAAGGAGGCCGAGGCCAAGUUCAAGCUCAUCUCGGAGGCGUACGACGUGCUCAGCGAUCCGCAGAAGCGGCAGAUCUACGACCUCUACGGGGAGGAGGCGCUCAAGUCGGCCGACUUCCAGCCCGCCACCCCGGCCUCCGGGAGGGCGCGCUCCAACUCGUCGUUCCGGUUCGAUCCGCGCGACGCCGACGCCGACGCCGACUUAUUCGACAAUUUCUUCGGCGGAUCGCCCGGAGGAGGGGGAGGCCUCGGCGGGGCGAGCAAGGCUAGGGUUUUCGGGGAGAGUGUCGAGAGGAACGGGAACAGAGAGGCGAGGCGGGAUCUGCCGGAGAAGAAGAAGCCCCCGCCUGUGGAGAGCAAGCUGGUUUGCAGCUUGGAGGAGCUUUACAAGGGUGGAAGGAGGAAGAUGAGGAUUUCGCGGGUUGUUCAUGAUGAAUUUGGAAAUCCAAAAUCAGUUGAAGAAACCUUGAAGAUAGAUAUCAAACCUGGGUGGAAAAAGGGAACGAAGAUUACUUUUCCUGAGAAAGGCAACCAUGAACCCGGUACCAUACCGGCAGAUCUAAUAUUCGUCAUAGAGGAGAAGCCGCAUGAUGUUUUCAAGAGGGAGGGCAGUGAUUUGGUGGUCAGCCAGAAAGUGACGUUACUGGAAGCUCUUACCGGGAAGACUCUUGAUUUAAUGACCUUGGAUGGGAGGAAUCUCAUCAUCCCGGUAACAGAAAUAAUCAGACCCGGUUUUGAGGUUUCGAUCGCGAACGAGGGAAUGCCCGUUUCGAAGGAUCCUAGCAAGAAGGGGAAUUUGAAAAUCCAGUUUGACAUCACGUUCCCACUGACUCUCUCUGCAGAGCAGAAAUCCGACUUGACAAGGGUAUUAGGAGGAGCUCAAAGCUAGUUAUGUUUUCCAGCUAUGGCAGUGAGACUUCAUUAACACUGAUUGAUACAGUAAGUUCAGUUGACUGUACAUAUAUCAUGACGAGCAGAUGCUGUGCAUAGUAGGGUUUUGAAGGUUGCCGAUGGCGUUGGUAUUGUUUUAAGGCGUAACAGGAUGAUGAAUCUUGGCUCUUCUCCUGGCGUCUAUGAGAUGCAUGGAUAAAAUUCUGUACAAUACUAAUAAUAGAUUAUUAUUUGGAAGCCCUUUUGUUCUCAGUCUUUGAAAA